AAUAACAUCUCUUAAUUCCACCUCAUCCAAGAGCGUCUCCAUAGCCCGUGGAAGCGGUCAACAGCGCUUUUCUUAAUUUCGGCUAAGAUUUGGCUUAUUUUUAUGCAAUUUUUUUUAUUAUUUUUUUGUUUGAUAAAUAGAGAGAUUGAGUUCGACAUGGUGUGAUUUUGUAAGCCUAAAUCGAGCCGCUUGAUGUGCUGCGAGUUAUAAAGAGGAAACCUAGCUGUAUUCCAUAUAAAAAUAGCAGAGUAGUAGAUGUUAAAAGACAAGGACUGGGAAUCGUAUCAGAGAGAGAGGAGUCUCGUUUUUGUUUAAAGUUUUUGUUCUUCAUCGAUGGUGACUGGCAUGGAGGCAGGAGAAGCCAGGUACUGUGACCUGGAUUUCUUUGAGUUGGCGAAGAUCAUCUAUGCCAAAGUUCAAAAACUGGAACCAGAGAACGUGUUUAAGAUCAUGGGAUGCAUAUUUUUGAAAGAACCAAGUGACCUAGAAAUGAUCCAAUUGGCAUAUGGUUCUGAACACUUGUUGCUUUCAACAGUAGAGGAUGCAAAUAACAUGCUUACUUUGCUUUUCCCCAAGAAAACCCUGCCUAAAUUCCAAAUUGGUUCUUACCCUCCUUUUGGAUCACGGUCCAACUCCUCUCUCAACCACAUCUCAACAUCUCAUUGGGAUACUCAACUUGCUCAGAAUGAACACAAUGCCACAUCCCACAGCUUUGAUUUCUCCCCAUUUUCUGAUUUGAUUGGAGACAAGUACUCCCUCUACGGUCAAGCUCAAACAGUGGAGCCGCUGGAUGGUUCUGCUUCAAGUCACAUUAGCAACUACUACGGCCCGGAUUCUGCAUUCGCUGGUGGAAUGGAUUCUAGGUUCAACAGGAGAUCACACAGCUUAUCUGAUUUGCCUAUUAAGGCUUGCCACUAUUUCAACAAGGGCUACUGCAAGCAUGGAACAAACUGUAGGUACUCACAUGCCCAGUCCUUCCCAGAUGGGUUUCCUCAUGCACAUAGCACCAAUAUGCAAGAAUGCCCCAUUGAGGAUCACCCACUCACACCAAGAUCUCUAGAGAAGCUGGAAUUUGAGAUUUCAGAGCUUUUGAGGUCCAAGAGGGGAAUGCCUGUUUCAAUUGCCUCAUUGCCCAUGUUAUACUCUGAGAAAUAUGGGAAGAACCUUCAGGCUCAGGGGUAUCUCACUGAGAGCCAGCGUCAUGGCAAGGCUGGUUACAACUUGACCAAGCUUCUGUCCCACUUGAAGAAGAGCAUUAGGGUCAUUGAGAGGCCGCAUGGACAACACUCAGUAAUUCUAGCAGAGGAUGCUUCAAAAUAUAUAGAUGGCAGGAAUGAGAGAAAUGACCUAUCUCCAACAUCGUCUAGUUCUCAUCAGAUUUAUCUUACUUUCCCGGCCGAAAGCACAUUCACUGAAGAAGAUGUUUCCAACUAUUUCCAGCAAUAUGGCCAAGUUCAUGAUGUUAGGAUUCCUUGUCAAGAAAAGCGCAUGUUUGGGUUUGUUAGCUUUGUCCAUCCAGAGACUGUCAACAUGAUUCUGAUGAAGAGGAAUCCCCAUUACAUAUGUAAUGCCAGAGUUUUGGUGAAACCAUACAGGGAAAAGACAAAAAUCAUGGACAGAUCUUACACAGAAAAAUUGAAGCCUAUGAUUAAUUAUCUUUCCAAUUAUCAUGAAAUGGAUCGUGAUGCUCAUUCAGAAUCUGAGGGUGCAAGACUACAAUAUCAGCUGCUGAUUGAGGAAAAUCAGAUGAUGGAGCAAGAGAGAACACAUCUCUCUAGAUUGAACUUGACUCGUGAGGCGGUAACUCAGCGACAUUAUUUGAUUCCUAGAGUUGAUGAAUUGAAAACUUUUGAAGGUUCCAAUCACUUCUUACUAAAUCGUUUCAGCCAUGAACUUGAUCUUCUGAACGAUGGUGCCACAGUUGAUAGCAAAACUAAAUAUACAGGUGAACAAGAAAGUGACAACAUUGAACUCCCCGAUAGCCCAUUUGCAACUCCAUCUAUAGCAAGCAGGACUUCUCCAAUCGUAUAAUUAUCCAGACUGAACAACAAAGAAAUCAAGAGAACUUUCAAUGCCAUUUUACAUCAGUUAACUCAGACUCUUAAUGAUCUCUAUAUUCAUUUCUACAAAUAUAUCAUGUGAUUACCGGCUCGGCUACGCCCUGGGGGCAUAAUCUCAUAUUCAUGAAUGGACAAAUAAACGCUUCUCCAUAUUUUACUGUGAAAAGGAUAGGAAGGAUGAUACCAACCAGAAGAAAGCAAGCAACUUGUCUAUGUAGAUAUUGAAGAAAAAUGUUAUUAGAAGAGGAAACUAACUUUUCAUAGAAGGACAAGAACUACCAGAGCAUAGAAAUAAAUGUUCUAUACCUUAACAGUUUUAGGUGGUAAUUAGCUGAUAUACCUCAGUAAUCACCAUUGCCCCUUGUUAUUAAGCUUGUCACAAGCACCUGGCAGAUGACUGGUUAUCAAAGAAAAGACCAGACAAUUUAACAUUUGUAGUAGCAUAUGUAUACAAAUUUAUGCUCAUCUAUCUUGGAAUUAUUGCUAAAGCAGUUGAAUGUAA